UUAUUCUGAAGUUGCCAGAAGUUUACAGAAAAGGAAGUGCAGGCACAUUUCACAAAUCUACAAUCUGUGAGUAUCACAUCCUGUGUAGCUGCAAACACUGGAAUAAGGAAGGGUGGAUGACUUUCAGAAGAUGAAGGUAUGUAGAAACCAUUGAUGGGACUGUCUGAGAACCCAGAGUUAAAACUUCUUGGGAGCUUCUGAACACUCAGCUGGAACCAAGGGGCACAAUUGGCAGCACCAUCAUGACAUCACAACCUGUUCCCAAUGAGACCAUCAUAGUGCUCCCAUCAAAUGUCAUCAACUUCUCCCAAGCAGAGAAACCUUCAGCCACCAACCAGGGGCAGGAUAGCCUGAAGAAAUAUCUACAGGCAGAAGUCAAAGUUAUUGGGACUAUCCAGAUCUUGUGUGGCAUAAAGGUGUUGAGCUUGGGGAUUAUUUUGGCAUCUGCAUCUUUCUCUCCAAAUUUUAGCCAAGUGAUUUCUACGCUGCUGAAGUCCGCUUACCCAUUCAUAGGACCCUUGUGUUUUAUCAUCGCUGGCUCUCUAUCAAUCACCACAGAGAAACGGUUAACCAUGUCUUUGGUGCACAGCAGCCAGGCUGGAAGCAUUCUGAGUGCUCUGUCUGCUCUGGUGGGUUUCAUUCUCCUGUCUGUCAAUCUGGCUGCCUUAAAUCCUGCCUUAUUGCAGUGUGAGUUGGACAAAAAUAAUACGCCAACCAGGAGUUAUUUUUACCAUUAUGAUCCAAUUGAUACCACGGACUGCUAUAUAGCCAAAGCCAGUCUGGCUGGAACUCUGUCUCUGAUGCUGAUUUGCACUGUGCUAGAAUUCUGCCUAGCUGUUCUCACUUCUGUGCUGCGGUGGAUACAGGCUCACUCUGACUUCUCUGGGAGUGUGCAUUUCCUACCUCGCAGUUUCGUCGAUAAUUCUAGCAUGUCCUCAAAGAUGACUCAUGGCCCUGGAUAUGAAGAACUAUUGAAUUCUUAGGGAAAAAAGGAUAAAUAUUCAUCAGAAAGUUGAUUUUUAUGAUAACACAGAAAACCUAACCUUUAUCAAAAAGCAAACUUAAGUUUUCUAAAUGUAAGCUUUUAAAGUAAUGAACAUUUGAAAAAAAAAAUUAUUUCACUAUCAUUUAA